CAAGAAGCAAAGGCGCAGCAGACAUCCGAUUGACUUGCUCGCAGACAAGAUUACGUCCGGGAGCUAGAGGAACAAAUACGUGCAAUUCAGCAGGAAACCCGGCAGACGGACAUCGCGAAUCGAAUCGCCUUGCAAAAAAUGGAGAUGGAGAACCACCUCAUCAAGAAUCUAAUUUUGUCUCCCGGCAUUUCCGCCGCCUCAGUUAAGCGUUACCUGCAGUUGGCCGACCAAAAUCCACUUGCGGAUCGUAAGGUGGCCAUACCUGCGGCGAUCGGGACGCCCUUGGUAGCCUCCUGCCAACCCUCUCGCUCAACGUCGCAGCAGGCGACAUCUAGCGUCGCUAUUGAGGACUCGGUUGAGCAGCGUUCGUUAAAUGACAAUGCACAGCCAACCAGCACGAUUUCAACUCAGGAAUCUACAGAAGAGCAACCAAAGUGCACUAUCUCACCUUCAUGCAAGAAGAAUACGACAGACCAUCUCGCUUCGGAACCUCCACCUUAUCAUCAAAAUACAUUCAAUACAACCCUAUAAGUUGCCUCCGAGGAGUCUAUUGAUCGACACAUUGCUCAAGGGAUAGAUAAAAAUGACCUCCGACGCAGAAUAUGCCCGGGAGUUGAGAAGACUGACCUCGGUUGUUGCCGAGUACAGAACCACGUUGUAUUUCAGGUCUUAGAUAAGAUCAGCGGCAAGAAAUUACCCUGAGCCGUUGACAAGUUGGCCCCGCCUAUGUCGUAAUUAGCCGCCUGGCUAUCGUGAUAUCAGUAACUGCGAG